ACAAAAUGAUGCUGAGGAGGAAGUCUGAACCGUGUGGACAGACGGACAGAGAGUUAAAGAUGGAGGACAAGAAGAGCGAGAGCGGCAGCAAGAAAGAACACAGGAACUCUGAAUCCAACAUGGAGGAGGAGGAGGACAGGAAAGACAGGAAGAGGACAGAGACAGGCAGGAACAAACACAGGAGAAAGUCUGCAUCGUGGAUUAUGGCGGAAGACAGAGCAGCAGGACAGACAGGCAAGAGGCAGAGGGAGGCAGACAGAUGUAGGAUGCGACGGCGGUCGGAGCCCUGCGGGAUCCUGUACGUCCAACUGCUUCCUCUGUCCAACAGGAAGAGGAGGGAGCUGCUGCAGAGACGGACAGGACGCAGGACGUCCUUCAGCGAGGAGGGGGACGGACGGAAAGACAGGACGCAGGGUCACGAGUUCGGACAGAUGACCAGAGGAAGGUCGGAACCCGUCGGCCCUCUGGACAAGACCCACAGCCUCUCCUCCCCUCCCUCUCAGCCUCCCUCUCUCCCCCGUCAGGAGGAGGUGAGUGUUUUCCGUCUGGAGACGUACCUGACGGAGCCGAGGCGUCCAGAGACCAGGAGGCUGCGCUCCUUCUCCUCCCCUCCUGACACUGGACAGCACUCCUCCUCCUUCUCCUCCAGCUUCAAGCCGCCUCCUCUGGCUCCUCCUCUUCCUGUCGGGAGGCUGGUGGAGGUUGCAGACGGCAUGUCGGAGCAGCCGGACCCCGAUGAUGCUGCGUCAGCGGAGUCAGAGAGAGACAUCUACAUGCGCUUCAUGAAGUGUCACAAGUGUUAUGACAUCAUCCCCACCAGCUCCAAACUGGUGGUGUUUGACACCACACUGCAGGUGAAGAAGGCGUUCUUUGCUCUGGUGGCAAACGGAGUGAGAGCUGCUCCUCUGUGGGAGAGCAAGAAGCAGAGCUUUGUGGGUAAGACUGUGUGUGUGUGUGUGUGUGUGUGUGUGUCAGUGCUAUAUUUAGCCGUGCUCUCUGACAGAUAUGAAACAGCAGGUGUUCAGAUCUACGAGCUGGAGGAACAUAAGAUCGAGACGUGGAGAGAGCUGUACCUGCAGGAGACCUUCAAACCUCUGGUCCACAUCUCACCUGACGCCAGUAUAUUUGAAGCAGUGUACUCGCUGAUCAAGAAUAAGAUCCACCGUCUUCCUGUCAUCGAUCCGGUCAGCGGGAACGCUCUCUACAUCCUGACUCACAAGAGGAUCCUCAAGUUCCUGCAGCUCUUUGUGUGUGAGAUGCCCAUGCCGGCCUUCAUGAAGCAGUCUCUGGAGGAGCUGGCCGUGGGGACGUACGCCAACAUCGCCUACAUCCACCCCGACACGGCGCUCAUCACCGCGCUGUCUGUCUUCACACACCGCCGCGUCUCCGCCCUCCCCGUCGUCGACCACAACGGUAGAGUGGUGGACAUCUACUCCAAGUUUGACGUGAUUAACCUGGCGGCAGAGAAGACGUACAACAACCUGGACGUGACUGUCACUCAGGCUCUCAGACACAGAUCCCAGUACUUUGAAGGAGUCAUGAAGUGCAACAAACUGGAAACACUGGAGACCAUCGUGGACCGUAUCGUGAAGGCAGAGGUUCACAGGCUGGUUGUUGUUGAUGAAGAGUCUCGUAUUGUCGGCAUCGUCUCGCUCUCUGACAUCCUGCAGGCGCUGGUCCUGACCCCCGCAGGUCUAGGGAGGAAGGAGUCUCUCCCAUCUCAGCCAACAGGUUUGGACUCAACAGAACCAGAGACAGGAUGUCAACCUGGACUAGAUCGGGACCAGGACCAGGACCAGGGACUGGAGACAAAGACAGAGACAGAAUAUAAACCUGAACCAGAUCAAGACCAGGAGCAGGAGCUGGACCAGGAGCUGGGUAAAGAAAGAGAAACAGAGACAGGCUGCGAGGAUGCUGAUGCUACUGAGACCUGCCAGCAGGGGGAGACAGAGAGACACUCAGAGGGGGAGACAGAAAGAGAGGGAGAUAAACAAGUGAGACAGACAGAAAGUGGAGAAACACUAGAGACAGAGAGACAGACAGAGGAGGAGGCAGAUGGGGGCGCAGAGAGACAGACAGAGGGGGAGGCAGAUGGGGACGCAGAGAGACAGGCAGAGGAGGACGCAGAGACACAGGCAGAGGAGGACGCAGAGACACAGGCAGAGGAGGAGGCAGUUGGGGACACAGAGAGACAGACAGAGGAGGAGGCAGUUGGGGACACAGAGAGACAGACAGAGGAGGAGGCAGAGAGACAGGCAGAGGAGGACGCAGAGACACAGACAGAGGAGGAGGCAGUUGGGGACACAGAGAGACAGACAGAGGAGGAGGCAGCAGUGACAGAAACAGAUGGAGGAGAGGAAGGAGGAAAGGAGGAGGCCAGUGAAGGAGAAACCCAGGAGGCGGGGGAGAUGAAGGAGGGGGAGGAAGAAGAGAAAGUGGGUGAGGAAGAGGAGACUGGUGGUGGAGGGGAGGAGGUGAAGGAGGGAGGAGCGGAGGAGGGGACAGGAGGAGAAGGGGAGGAGGAGGAGGCAGCGUGACAUCAUCAUUGGAGUCAAGCCACUCACCACAGGAGAAGAGGGACAGGAAGGGGCGGGGUCAAGAAAGAGCGCUGUCAAAUGGCUGACGUGUGAUUGGUCGGGAGGCGCUGAGAGUUUGUUUUUCAUUGGCUGUUUGUUGAAGGGCGAGGAGGCGCUGCAGAGCUGUGAUUGGACAGUUUCUGUGGAGGUGGGCGGGACAUGUGCUGGAGCCAAUCAGGGAUCUUUUAUUGUUUCACCUUUCAUCACAGAGAAGUUUAAAGGUUUUGGUUGUGAGGUCAGUGCUGCGGUCGGCGGCGCUGAUCUGCAGCACGCAUCAGAAACAUCAUCUGCAGAUGUCAGGAGACAUUUUAAUUAUCAGUAAAAUUCUGGUACGCUGGUCGUGUCGCAGCGCGUCUCCCAUCAGACGUCAACCCAACAUUAAACUUAACCCUUUUUACAUAGAGGUGGCGCUAUAGAGCCGCUACCACGUCCCCUCUUCAGGCAGCAGAACCAAGGUACGGCGACAUGAUGUCUCUUCAGUGUGAUGUCAGCCAGCAUGAUGACAUCACAGAAGCAAAAGAGGAGUGACGUGUAACACCACAGCGUCAGCCUCUAGUGUGACAUAUAACAUACGUGUCAGCCGCUCUUUAUAAACAAUAACAAUGACAUCUCACAUCAAUAACAAUCAUUCAAUGUCCCCGUUAUAUGGCGGCUGAUCUCGUCCUCUGCUCGGAGGGUAAGGAGCUCCUGGACCUCACUGUUUGAGUUAGCUGCUAACAGCUGCUGUUCUUCUUUGAGUUAGCUGCUAACUGCUAACAGCUACUCUACUUCUUCUUCUUUGAGUUAGCUGCUAACUGCUAACAGCUGCUUUUCUUCUUUGAGUGAGCUACCAACUGCUAACAGUUACUGUUCUUCUUUGAGUUAGCUGCUAACUGCUAACAGCUGCUUUUCUUCUUUGAGUGAGCUACCAACUGCUAACAGUUACUGUUCUUCUUUGAGUUUGCUGCUAACUGCUAACAGCUACUGUUCUUCUUCUUUGAGUUAGCUGCUAACUGCUAACAGCUGCUGUUCUUCUUUGAGUUAGCUGCUAACUGCUAACAGCUACUCUUCUUCUUUUUUGAGUUAGCUGCUAACUGCUAGCAGCUGCUGUUCUUCUUCUUUGAGUUAGCUGCUAACUGCUAGCAGCUACUGUUCUUCUUCUUUGAGUUAGCUGCUAACUGCUAACAGUUGCUGUUCUUCUUUGAGUUAGCUGCUAACAGCUAACAGCUAACAGCUACCUUUUUAAAACUCCCGCGGUGGGUCGCACACAUAACACGUCAUCAGAACAUCAAACCCGAGACCAUGGAUGUCCUCCGUCCUGCUGGCCGUCCCUUUUGAACAGACAUCAGUUCAGCGCUGUUAGUAGCUCUGCUCCCACAUUAAAGUCGGGACAGCUCUGCCCCCCCGCUCUGUGAUCGUACCUUUAAUGCAGAACAGUGAGGAGGCCAAACUGAGCAAUAUUCCCGCCUGGAACAGGAAGUGUAAAAGGGGCUUUAGUAACAUCCUUCCAGGUGUAAGACAGAAACAGCAGAGGUGAAGAUAUCCUGAGUUUAAGUCUGUCUACAUUUCCCAUGAUGCUCCUGGAUACUGGCUUUCAGUACAUUAACCUCUGCCUCACCGCGUGUGUUCAGUCCAGGUGACGCCGCAGUGAUGGACAACAACACACCAUCAGUGUUGGGCUUGUUGAUUAAAUGAUGUCAUUUAUUACUCAUCACUGGUUCUAUUGAAAAAUAAUAUUUCUUCCUCCUCCCUGCCAACAGUAAUUCGUUAAACGACUCGUUAGAUUUAUUUUUCCUUACACUUCACAAAAUUGGUAAUUACUUACUUUCUCCUCUAAAUUCAAAGUCUUGUACGACUAUAACGAAAAUGAGUCCGGGGAUGAGAUUGAUUGUUGGAUUUCAAAUCAGCAGGAUGAUGACGGCAAAAGUAGCAGUUGUUAGUGUGACUGUAAUAUUUUUACUGAAGUGUAAUCAGUAAUGAAAUAUAUAAUAUUAUUACAUCACUGCUCAACACUGCACAUCAGUCAGGUGACAGGUUCACCUGUUCAUCGUUUCAUGAACAGUUUAAAUCAGCUGCUGCUUCACAGUAAAAUCCUCAACUGGACAAACACAGAGUGACUUUUAUUGAGAGGCAGCCAAAGGAAAUGUCACGUAACACCUGAGGAUUGUGUGCAUGACGCCAUGAGGCUGUACGGCGUCAUGCUGCCUGCGGCCUAGAGAAUGAACCCCUGCUGUUAGCAGCAGUAACCACCAGGUGGCACCCAGUCAGAGCUAAGAGCCAUGGAACUGUACAUGUCAUGUGAAAACAUUAUUUAUGACAGAAAUCAUCACUUCAUAUUUAAACGGCUGCAGUGAUGAUUUGACCAUCAUGACGACCCCUUCUGUGAUGUCACAAAGGGGCGGGUCCAUCACGUCAUCAUGGUGCCUAUCAUUGUAGCUGCAGGUUCUGAUUGGUUGAGACAGAGAUUUAGAUCAGUAAAUCAUUAUUAAUAAUAGUUUUUUUUCCAGAUAUCACUGAGACACUAUUUAUCUGCUAUUUAUCACAUAUGAUAAUGUUAAUGUUACUCACUGCAUAUGUAAAGAUUGUAUGGAUAUUAUUUUAUAGAGAUACCAAACAAAAGUCUGUUUGUUAUUUUGGUGUCAAAUUUUAAAUCAGUCUGUACAAAAAUAGAUUUUAUUGUUAAAUUAAUGGAUAUAUAGUUUCUAGGUGUGUCCUUCAAAAUACGGGAACGGCCGUGCUUGCUUUUUAAAAAUGUUUCUUUGAAUGUCGUUAUCUCGAGAUCUCAAGUUAAUUAUUUCGUUAUGUCCGAUUAUUGCAGUCAGAAAUGUAACUGUGUUGUUCUGUUGGAGGACGAAGCCUUCCUUCGUUUGGGUUAAUUUAUACUCCUCAAUGAGGCUGGAAAAGAUCAAAGUCUGAACUAUGAAACUUGGGAAUGAGCCAAAUGUCCCAUAUUCAUCUGCUGCAUCUGUUGUUCAGAGGGACAGUGUCAUUCUCUGAGUUUAAUCUGCAACUUUUUCUCUCAGAAAUUUACGAGUUUAAUCUCAAAAUAUUACGACUUUGUUCUAAUGAAUUUAAAACAAAAAUAAUUUUCUCGUGAAACAACAUAAAUUAAACAGAAACAGAGCUGUGUUAUCUGGAGAUAAUGAAAUUAUUCACUCACCAUCUCAAGGUAACAGCAUUAAAAGAAACUGCAAGCUCGGUCUCCAUGGUGUUCAGAGAGUUUGUAAUUCACAGUGGGACCGUAGGGGGCGCUCACACGGGGCAGUUUGGACCAGCCAUGGUUGGAUUGAUCUGAACCAGUCAAGUUUCAGAGCAGCGUGAGACUGAAGCUUUUUAAAAGAUGUGCGCUGGCUGUUUUUAGGUGGAAUGAACUUUUAAUGAAUGAAGAGAAGAUGAUGCAGUGAAAUGUCGCCCAGCUGUCUGUCAGUGUUUCCAAACUGAGCCGUGUGAACUUUAAAUCAGCUGAUUGUUUCAGGUGACAUGAAAAGGCGUGGGUUUUUAUAAAUGUUCUGUACAUGUUGAUGUUGUUAAAAACGACAAUA